UGGCUUAAUCCAUAGGAUGACCUAAACCCCGUUGCUCAUCUUCUUGCCUUCUGCUGAGUUCUACUUCCCAUGAACCCGCGAUGGACGACUGUGCGCGGUUGUCGACGUACGAGGAAUCGAGACGUCCGUCUUCCCCUCCCACUUCCCGGAACUGCUCGGCGACUUUGAGCUCUGAAGACCCGAGCCCGAUCAGGCACGUCCUCUGCGUGACGCGGGACGAAGACAUCAAGCGGUUCGAAGAGACCGAGGAUUGCUUCAUCCUGGGUUUCGACCCGUUCCAGCGUUUCUGCAGGCUCUACGUGUCGACGACGGAGGCUGGUGGGACUGAUGCCGAGGACCUCGUCGUCGUUGCUGAGAAAGGGCAGUUGCUACUGAUGAGUAUGAACAGGUGGCCUGUCGAGACUUCCCGCACGCGAGGCAUCUUUGUCAGAAAUUUCCCUUUGCGACUACACCUCACGAAAGACACUGUGAGCUGUGCUACUGCUAUGUAUGCGAUUCAGCUGCCCCCUGUAAGAACUGGUCCAGUAAAGGCCACUGUGAUGCCACGGAGCACGACAAAAAGUGGAAGUCAAUGAGGGGGAAGAGAUCGAAGGAAACUGAGACAACAAUGAAUGGCAAUUGAAGGACUCUUCACAUCAUCUGUUUUCUUGCUAGUACGUGGUGAAACUAGUUUAUAGCAUCUCGCAGGCAUACAGUGAGCAGCAUUGUGCUCUUUCCUUUUCUUAUGCUCAAUUCAUGCUCUUGCACUUGUCGUUGAUCAGCUGAUCACGUCCCUACUUUUGCGCUUUGUUUCAGCAAUUGACUCGAGUUCAUGAUAGGAUAGAUUGUAUAGGACAGUUUUUGGAACUAGAGAACUGGAUUGUACAGUCAUUCGAUCCGUUACGAGGCGGAAGAUCCAAUUUCGUAAUUUUGUGGGAUCAAAAUCGUGAUAUUAGCGAAACUUAUUGUUUGCUU